UAUCUAUCGUCGCGUACUAUCGGAAGUGAAAUUAUGUCUCUAGACGUAAAUAUUAGUGAACCUGAUGAAUUCAAUUGUAUAGAGCUGCACACUUGUAUUGAAGAAGUAGCUAAGUUGCGAGGAAUCGAAGAGUUUGUAUAUCACGUUGAUUAUGCUUGCGAGAAAGGAGAAAAUUACAUAGCAAAUAUAUUCAGAGUGCUUAUCAGAAAUGAGGUUAGUAAAAUAAGUGUUAUUGUUAAGACAUUAGUGAACACUGCAAGACAGGAACUGUUCCAUGAACUGCAUAAAAGAGAAGCUAGUGUUUACAGACAAGUGGUGACUAAAUUUAAGCAACUACAGGAAUGUUUGGAUGAAGAAGAGCGGCUUGUUAUGCCCGAAUGUCUUUAUUCCAACAUGGAAAAGUUAAACGAGGUAAUUAUUUUGGAAGAUAUGCUGCAAAAAGGAUUUGUACUUGACAUUAAAUUCGCGAAAUUUGAGAAUUUAGAAGUUAGCCAAGUAGCGGCUGUGAUGUCUGAAUUGGCCAAAUUUCACGCUCUGUCUUUCGUGUGUAAAGAAAAAGAUUUAGAAUAUUUCACAAAACUUAAAUCAGAAUUCCACGAUAUACAAUUCCAAAAUAAUUUCUUAAAUAAAAGUAAAUUAAGAUAUUACUUUUUCGAAUCGUAUGAAAUGUCGGUGAAAUUAGUGACAGAUGCGGAAGCUAAGAAGAAAUUAGACAAAAUUAAGAGUAAUGUAGUGGACAUUUUACAAAUGUUUGUCAAACCUGGUCAACAUAAUGUGCUGUGCCAUGGAGAUUGUUGGAUAAACAAUAUGCUGUUUAAUUACGAGGAAAACAAGACGACGAAAGUAUGCUUCAUAGAUUACCAAACGUUGCGAUACUGCAAUCCAGCUACUGAUAUCGUCUAUUUCAUGUAUCUAUGUACGGAUUCGAAAUUUAGAUCUGAACACUUCAAAUAUUUACAAAGCGUGUACUAUGAGAGUCUAAAAUCAUUUCUAUUGAAAUAUAAUUUAGAUGUGACAGAAUUGUAUCCUUUAGUAACAUUUCAAAAUGAUAUUAAACAUCAUUUGCCGUUUGGUCUUUUGGGAGCACUGGUGGAAUUGAGAAUUAUUACUGUACCAGAAGAAUAUGAAGCUAUAUUGAAUGGACCUAGGGUUGAACCAGAAUCUGAUUUACAAGAAGUGCCAAGAGCGGUGGAGUAUCUUAAAAUUAAGGUCAACGAUGUCGUGCAAGAUUCUAUCGAUAAUGGUUUAUUAGAACAACUUAUUGGGUUAAUAAAUAACUGAUAAUAUGUAAAGUACUUGAGUAGUAAUAUUAUUUCGCAUUAUGUCUUGCCAUUCACGAUAAAAUAAAGUUUAAAUAACAUUUUCAAUAUAGCUCAGUCGGUAUGUUAAGUUUUAAGUAUCUGAAUGAGUAGUUUUAUAUAAAAUUAAACAUUUUAUAUCAAGAUUUUUAUAAGUUCUGUACGAGAAUAAUUUUGAUGAUUAUAGUGCAUUAGAAGGGUUAA